AUGAAGUUUCUUUCGUUGGUCUUCGGCCUGAUCGCCGUUGCUGCGGCUACACCCACACCUACCAUUGAGGAUACCCCUGUCAAUAUUGAGAAGCGAGCUACCAUCUCCGAGGCUGCUAACCUUGGUUACGCAACUCAGAAUGGAGGUACCAAAGGAGGUGCUGGGGGAACAGUGACAACUGUAUCCACGUUGGCUCAGUUCACCGCUGCUGUCGAUGAAAAGGACACGACUGCCCGCAUCGUUGUUGUCAAGGGUGUUAUCUCUGGUAACACCAAGGUUCGAAUUGGCAGUAACAAGUCUGUUAUUGGACUUGCCGGAGCUGGAUUCAACAAUGUUGGUCUCUACGUCCGCCGACAGAAAAACGUCAUUAUUCGCAACCUGAAAAUAUCCUACGUGGUUGCCGCUAACGGGGAUGCUAUCACCGUUGAUGCAAGCACCAAUGUCUGGGUUGACCACAAUGAGCUCUACUCAGCUCUUGUGGAUGACAAGGACUACUAUGAUGGGCUUCUUGAUGUCACUCAUGGAUCGGAUUACGUGACCCUCUCUCAGGCUUCCCUUGCUGGCCACAGUGACAGCAACGCGAGUGAGGAUAGAGGCCAUCUUCGCAUCACAUAUGCCAACAACUACUACAAGAAUGUUGGAUCCCGAACGCCACUCUUCCGCUUCGGAACAGGGCACAUCUACAACAACUAUUACGACACAGAGAAAAUAUCUUUGGCCCUGCGACUGAUUGAUGAAAAUAGUGUAUCCGUUUCUGGAAUCAACUCCCGAAUGGGUGCUCAGAUCCUUGUUCAGAGCAGUGCAUUCAAGAACUCUCCAGUGGCUAUCACUAGCCGUGAUUCGGACGAAAAAGGCGCUGUAGCAGUCUACGAUGUCAACCUGGGUGGUGGUAUCAAUGACGCCCCUGUCGGAACCCUGACUCCCAGUUCCAUCCCCUACAGUUAUUCUCUCCUCGGAUCUGGCAGCGUUGCUUCCACUAUUCCGGGACAGGCUGGCGCAGUCCUUGGAUUCUAA